AUGCCCACUGUUCUUCAUGCCUACUUAUCAUGUCUACUCGUGUCUAUUUCUCAUCUGCGUUAUAAUUCACCUUUUAAAUAAUAUUGUAGAAACAAUUUUUUUGCAGCUUCUCUUCGAGCAGCAGACUUCACAAAAAUUCCAUCAACAGGAAAAACGUGAAAAUCUUCAACAUCGGAAUGUCUAAGCGAAGAAACAGAGUGUUCAGACCUGUCUUGAAAACAUUGUUGUCGAACAAAGUAAUGAUGAUGAAUAUGAAGAAAUGAUGAGGUAGAUGACGAUACUUCAGAUGGAGUAGUGCCGGAGAACAUCAGCGAGGAAAAUUUCGAAGAGAACUUGGAUAUCAAUGGGGACGAGAUGGAUGUCGGAACGGAAAACGAAGAUGUCGACUCGAAUUCGUGGAACAAGAGGAGGACGAGAUGAUUCGAACUGAAGGACCAUCCAAGGCCUCCGAACUUCCGAUUCGUGAGCAGAGCAAGAGAAAGGAGGCUGUUAGUGAUGCCGAUGAGUCCAAGCAAGAUGAAGACGAUUUUUAAGU